AUGGCUCCGUCACGCUCCGCUGCUCGCUCUAGGCCCAAUCGGCCCGUUCGUCAAAACCGCACUACGGUUCAGACCUAUCAAGAGGAGAGUACUUCAGAGGACGAUGCCAACCACGAGGCAGAUUCUGAGUAUGGCAGAGCCCGACGUCCAUCGCUCACUUUGCGACCCCGCGAUAUUCCCCAAUCUUAUCGCGAGGAGUCGACCGAUGCAGACUGGGGUGACAUUCCAGAUGAAAGCGAUGCCGAAUACGAUGUUGCCCCUGCCAAUCCACCCAAUCAAUUGAUCAUUUCGCCUCAAGCUCAAGCAGCCCCCGGGCCUGCCCCUCGGGGUGCGAACGCUCCGAGGGUUCAGCACACCCGGCGUACGGCUCCUUCGCAGCCACCAAAGCCCAAACGACGCCAGAAGAGCAAGACCGGACUGGCACGGCCUCUGAAAAAGCGACAGAAGGUGAACACGAGUGAUGGUAUCAUUCUGGGCUCUGGAGUUAUCCCUCCCUGGCAGACACUGCCAUACCAAGUCUUGUUCGACAUAUUUCUUCGCGCAUCCUACCCGCUACUCAACGAACAACAGUUGACGCGAACGGGCUCCGUCAAGUGGCUUGUGAAUGUGGCACUAUUAUGUCGGGCCUUCCAUGAACCAGCUCUUGCAGCUCUCUAUCACACCCCACCUUUACUUCCUACCUAUAAAAGCCAUGGCCUAUUGAAGCUACUCUCCAUGCCACCAGAGUCAUGCACAAUGAACUACGCCGCGAAAAUCAAGGAGCUUCAUGUCGAUGUUGAGCAGGUUCUUCUCUACAAAAGUGGACCCACGCUGGGCUACUUCGAUCUUUCCCGACUGAUUGAGAAAACGCCCCAGGUCCAGACUUUGCGACUUUACCACAAAGAUGACGACACCGUUGGAAUUCCUCCGUGGAACAUCACGUUUUCAAAGUGGGUCUAUUCAGAUCCAUUAUUUACGGCAAUCGACCACGCUGGGCUCGUUCUUCGCAGUUGGGAUUGGAAUGCUCGUUUUCUUCCAACAUCUGAACUGCUCCCCUUCAUGUUGGAGAAGCACCUACGUCCUGCGUUUCAAAGUUUGAAGGAGGUCCGACUACUUCAUCUUGGCGAUGGUGAGCCAGACGACCUUAUCAUCCAAGAAGCCGCACUUGCCACAUCUCUCCGGGCACUCCCUGAGGUUGAACGCGUGGACCUUAUCGAAUGCACGGUGGUAAAGGACACGUUCUUCCAACAACUUCCUACGACUAUCCGCUCACUUACCCUCUCCAACUGCGACCGCGUGUACGCCAAAUCCUUCUUGGAGUUCAUGAAAUCACACGGUCAGCAUCUGCGAGAGCUGUGCUUGAGCCACAAUCGGCAUUUGAACAUGGCGUUCAGUACCGAGCUCGCUCAGUAUUGCCCAAAUUUGAGAAAGUUCCAGAUGGAUAUCUCCAUUCAUGAUACGUCUAGCUACCAUGACACUGAGCCUCACUUCACUGAGCUCAUCAAAGAGUCCGAGGUGCCAACGUGGCCAAAGAGUCUGCAGGAGAUCGAAUUAAUUCAGCUUCGGCGAUUAGAUCAUGGUACAGCAGAAUCAUUCUUCAUGUCUUUGAUUGAUGCUGCCCCCAACCUGCCCUACCUUCGCCGCUUGGUUGUCAGUGCAAUUCUCGAAAUCGGUUGGCGCGACCGUGCGAACUUCCGUGAGCGAUGGAUCAGCCGGCUUGAAAGGACUUUUUUGCGACGCAGUCAGCCCCCAGACCCCAACUUGCGGUCUCUUCGAAAGCGAGAGCUGAAGCCUGCUCUGCAGCAUUUUGAUGGAGUUGCGGAACCAGCACGCCGAGACACUGCUGGCAGUGAUCACUCCACCCUUUCCAAGCGACACAGCUCGCGGUUGGCUGAGAGUAAGGCCUCAGAGGCCCACGAAAAAGUUGCAUCAACCCAAUUUACCCCAUCUCAGUUUGGAGAGCACGAUGUCCAAGGGAUGUGCGAUGUGGUAUCAAUUCGAAUUGACAAUCAACGACCUAGCGAGACUCAAUUCAACGAAAAUGACUUCCUGGAUGACGAACCGAGCGGCGACUCGGACUGGGCCGGUGACGAUUAUGAGACCGGAGGUGGACAUGCCUGGUGA